AUGCUGAAAGUUGCAAAGAAUCUUCGGUUUGGUUUCUUUACCAAUGGUUAUUCAUCUAGACGUCUAAUAUCUUUAAAUCAAAUUCGUCCCUUUACUGUAUCUACUACGGAGCAGGGAACUAUUUUUGAGAAAAAUGUCGUUGAUACGUUUAGCAAGUUUGGAAUGAACUUACAGUGCUCAGGGGGACCUAACGAUCGUGGAAUCGACAUUCAAGGGACUUGGGAAAUAGAUUCCUUGUCUAUUCCCCUUAUUAUUCAAUGUAAAAACACAAAGAAAGCAAAACCACAAUAUGUCCGAGAGUUUGUUGGAGUGAUUGGUCGUGAAUACAAAAAUCGAGGGAUUCCUAUCAAUACUGUUCAUCCGGGAGAUGGAUCCGUUCCCUUGGGUAUUUUGUGGAAGCUGCUCUCUGCCCAUAUCCACUUAUUCUCGCCUGUGUGGGACCAUCUUCGAUUUUGUCUUUUCAGCCAAAUUACUCUGUUUUGCGGGCAUUUCCAGACCUAAAAUUCGUGUUUGAUAUCAACCAGACAGAUGUUCCAACGGUGCUGUUUAGGGAUAAAGUAAGGAAUUGUAUGCCAUGAUGCAUUGGCACCCUAUUUUGGCUCCAUGUAGCGUACCCUGCUCCCCAGCACACAGCCUGUUGUUUAUUUCCCUCUAU